CUGCGCUCAAGCACGUCAUCCUUCUCUCUCUCUCACACACACACACACGCAUAACAUACAGCGACUUAGUACUUGCUCAGUGGGUAUCGACCUUUGAAUCCACGCCACCGCUACUGCCCACCUUCUUUCCCUCCAUUCUAUCCAAACCAUCCGUGACCGCACCGGAAAACCUUGUUGUAAGUGGCCUUUUGUGCAUUUUCGUCUCCUGUCUUCUUUCCGCUUGACAACCUGCUCGCUCUGUCCGUCUGUGCUUCUCCUCCCUGCCCCCCGUCUCUCCGCCGUCGCGCUUCCGCCGGGAAACCAACAACAAGCGCGUUUCUCUCUUCACCAUUCUGCUCGGAUUGCGUCCGAAGAUUACUCUCAAGCUACGAUUACCAGCACAACCGCCAUCUUCGCCAGUGUCCAGACCACCCAAGACCUUUCGGGCUUUGAAAUCCUAAAUACCCCUCGUCCCAUCCGCCUCUUUCCACGGUCCAUACCUUCCUGGUCUUACCCGCUUGCCUGUUUUCUAUUGCCUACUACUUUUUCUUGUGUUUGCUAUUCACAUUCUUGCAUUGUUCGCGCACCUAUAAAUACGCCAUGUUUGCCCGUUCCGCAACGACAUCACUCAUCAAACGAACUCUGCUCACCUCCACCCGCACAGUAGUUACUACUCAGCACACCGCCGCUACCGUUGCCACCAGAGCAGCCUCUACCUUUGCGCGAUACCCAUCACCGCUCCGUCCAUCCAUCCACUUCCACAGCUUCUCCUCCAGCACACGCACAAUGAGCAAGGAGGGCGUUCACAAUUUGCAGUCCAAGGCCGACUUCGACACGGCGCUUGAGGUCAAGGACACGCUCCUCGUUCUUGACUGCUUCGCCACUUGGUGCGGUCCUUGCAAGGUCAUCGCACCCCAGGUUGUCAAAUUCUCCAACACCUAUCCACAGGCUCGCUUUUACAAGAUUGACGUCGACGAGGUGCCAGACGUCGCGCAGGAACUUGGCAUUCGCGCCAUGCCUACCUUCCUCCUUUUCAAGAACGGCGACAAAAUCGCAGAAGUCGUUGGCGCAAACCCCAAGGCUUUGGAGACCGCCAUCAAGGCUAAUCUCGGCGAGGGCUCGGCAUAA